AUGGGGCUAAACAUUAGUGCUGGUGAGAAGACAAAGAGAAAAAUUGCAGGCUGUGGGGGUGGUGGUGGUGUUCGGAAGAAACGUAGAGGGGGAAGUGUGAAGAAAAAGAUACCACUGCGACAGAUUAUACAAGCCGCCAAAGGCUCCAUGCAGCCUGGACCCAAUGCUGUGAUGAGCGCACUUAAAGGACUCAGUGCGACAGGUGCCCUAGCGGGUGGAGCUGCUGGUAUAGCCAAAGCUGUCAACACUUCUAAACAUGCCAGAGCCGAACUGGAAGAGAGUAAACGUCACAACGGCACCAUGGAAUCCAUCGCUCUCGGAUUCGCUGAAGAUUAUCAGAGAAUUGUUGUGAAUGCAAAGCAUGAGUUAAUCCUAACAUGUUCACACAGUAACUUUAAUGCUAUAUUCCAAGCCAAUGUUGGACCACAAGCUGAGCACUUCAAAAUCACAAUCACCCAGAUCGAUCGGAUGCUACCCUACACUAAACCUGCUGACACUCGAAAAGUACAGCUUCUCAAUCAGAUUUUAAAAGACAGGGUGGUGCCGAUUAGCUUUCGCUCUUGGGAAUUGUACGAGUAUCCUCUGCUGCCGAGCACAACGAAGCAUGUCUGGACUGUGAAAUGCUCAAUGCAAUUGGAGAAACCGCGUUACGUCAUUUUCGGCUUUCAAGUAGCUAGAAAAAAUCAGGCUUUGAAGGAUGCCAGUGCAUUCGAUCAUUCUCUUCUCUACGAUAUGUACACCAGCUUCCAAGCCUCCUAUUACCAUACAGAACCUGAACCACGAUUCAGCAGAGCGGACUACUUGAAAACAGCACCCCUCAUCGUCAUCGAUUGCUCCAAGCAGAACGAGUUCUUGAAAAUCGGCCCUGUGGCCAUUCGUCUGGAGUUUGAAUCAUCGCAGAUCUUCGAUGCCAACACCGCAGCCUACUGCUUGAUCUUACACGAUCGAAUCAUCGAAUCACCGGCAGCGUCAAGAAACUUAUUUAAAAAAUAA